AUGGGAGCAGUGCCGAGUCGCGAAACCGUUGAGCACUGGCUCUCUCAGCCCCCCUUCUACGGCCAGCGCCAGGACGUUGUUCUCAUUCCGCUUCUGAAGAAGUUCUUUCCGAGUCCAGACUGCCACUUGUUCGUGCAGCUCUACGAGGCACGAUGUGAUCCGGCGGUGAGGUACUACUACUACGCUAAUGACGGCAUCAGCAAGGUGCAAUCGACGCCAACCACGCCGGUGUCUCCGGCGGUGUACGCGGCACACGAGGGCGUCGGCAACGUUGCCUCGCCCACUUACCUGGCUGAGGUGAUCGGCAAUGCCCCCAUCUACUGCCCUCCCGCUGACGUGUUUCCAUCUGUGAACUUGACGCGAGAGGCCAUGUAUGAUGCGUACAUCACCAACGGCGGAGAGAGGAUGGUCUACGAGACGGACGAGGAGAUGUUGCGAGCCUACCGUGCAGAUGCAACGUCGGUGCGGCCGCUGCCGUGCGCUGUGGCUUUCCUCUACCACCGACAGGCCUCAGCAGUGAGCCCCGCCACUUCUUCUGCGGGUGAUGUUGACUGCGAGGGGAGCGCGGAUGCAGCCUUCAUUAACGAGACCGUCGCUGUCGGCGCCUGUAGCUUCCCUGAAGACUGCACCGAGGUGCUGGGGUGCUACGUGAAGGCGACGGGGUUCAUCGGCGACGUGCACGGGCUGGGUGCCUCGUGCCCGCGAAAGCUGCCUUACUACGAGAUGCAGAUGUUUCUGACCAAGUCCGCCGGUGACCACCACCGCACGCACGUCCUUCUUACAGCAGUCUACACGUAUGCGGAGCAGUGGCAGCGGGCGUGUCUGCACUGUGUGCCGUGUGACCUCACAGCGAAGGAGCUGGCGCCAGCGGCGACGAAAAACGGCGACACUGCUGGCAAGAAUCUCGGCGACGCCUUCUUCUACUACAAACCCUUCUCCCAAUCGCACCACAUGCUUGUGGAGGCGAACCGGAUAGCUGGGCAUAACCGCACGGCGAAGUCCGCAGCCGCCGAGAGAAACGGGGGCAAGAGCGGCACCCUUGAGGUGGACGAAAAGACUCGGUUUUGGGCUCCACCGCCGCUGCCAUCACUCGUGAUGCGUAGCCGCCGGGCUAAUGUGCCGCUACUCUGCUUCCUGCGUGAGAUGCGCACGUGCGCGCGCUCGUUCUUUCUCUCGCACUUCAAGUACUCUCUUGAGCACCAGGACUUACUGAAACCGGGGUGUGGCGGAAGCACCGGCGGUGCCGACGGCGGACCGGAUCGGCAGACCGAGAACAAUCAUCUCACCACUCCCCUCGACCACGGAGCUGGGGCGAGCUGUUCCCUCAGCAUGCCUCCGCUUGGCAGCGUGCAAAUGUGGCUGCAGAGGGCGACGCGUGUGUCGGCGUCGCUUGCUGAACUCAGUGACGAGGGAUCAAGCACGGAUACGGAGUCAGUGCUGAAUUUUCACGUGGUGGCGCCGUACGUGCGUGCAUUGUCUGAGUUCAUUGUGGCCUGCCUGCUGCACAACAUCAACCCGCUAGAAGUCUCCCGGCUUUCGUCUGGGCCGGACGAUUCGGCAAUCGCGGCGGCCUCCACGGGCGAUGACUCAAAGGACGCCACCGCGACAGGGGAAGCGCCUGCAACUGAUGCGGUGGGCGGCAGCGCUUUUUUCUUCACCUCCACCACCGACGCGGCCAUGAUGGCCGCGAACCCGCCAUUCCCGCAGUCGUUCUCGUUCAUCCGCCUGCCGGACGAGGACAUGCUCGUACAACCUUGGCCACCGAGCAGCAGCGGAUGCGAGACGGGUGAUGAAGCAUCCACCUCCACCGCUGCCGCUAAUGCUGCUGCUUCUCCCUCAAGUGCCGAGCUGCUCUCGGUGUGGCGGUCUAGGCACACGAACCAUCAUCUGUUCUGGUCGGUGGGGCCGAGCAUCGUGAAUCGGCGCACUGCCACGGCGGCGUUGCUGCACUGGUACAGGACUGAAAAAGCUCCUGUGGUGUGGGGAUGCAACCUGGACGAGAAGGACUGCGAGAUGGUCGCUGAAGGCAAGGAGAGCGCCACCGCCAGUUGCAAUGUGUCGGCGGCGGCCUUUCCCUCUUCAUCCUUGGAGAGCUACAUGAGCACGGUGACAGUGAAUGGGCAGGAGGAGGAGCUGCUGCGCUGCAACACGGUGCUCAGCCUAAUGCGGUUGGAGACCGGGAUGCCUGCGGAGGCACGCGUGCUGCGUGUGUGUCGCAUCCCGCUGGAGGAACUGCUUCUUGGUGAGCUGCGGAACUCCAGCAAGCUCGCUCGCGAGGCGGGGCCAGAGGACCCACACUGGGUGCGGCAGGCGGACAGCACUAGCGGCGGUAGGGGCGCGACGAAGUACGCGUGCUGCGUGCUACACGCAUCCGAUCCGGCUGAGGGGGAGUCCAGAACGACCAUUGCGAGCAAGGGCGUGGAGCUCCCGACCGUGCCACCGGAGGCUGACGGGAUCAUCGGUGAUGGGUCAUCGUGUCUGUGGCGGGUCACCUUGAUUGACCGCAUGUGUCGCAUCAUCGCUGUGACGCCGCAGUUCCUGAAGUCGAUCCGCAAGAAGCACCCCAAAAAGAAGAAGACGCAGCCUAAGGUGGUCAUCGUGCACGGUACGGCGGCGCACGUCUUUCUGCCAGUCGUCUCCCUCUCACCAACCGCCGCUUCGCCCACGUCAGUGUCGCCAAACACGACAGCGCCCGCGCAGAAAGGCGUGCUAGAGUUGAAGGAGAGCGAGACGACGCCAGCGCGGGCCUCCGUGGUCACAUCACCAGACAGGCAGAGUACUGUAGCGGUGGAGGAGGCAAGGCCUGGCGGCACUGUAGCCGUGCCGGAUCCUCUUGCGCCCGAUGCCACCACUGCCACCACCGCAUACGCCUCAGCUGCAGCGGCCACGCAGGCCAAAAAGAAGACGCAGCAGAUGGCGAACGUCGCCGCAGCGCCAGGCGUUGCCUCCACCUCUACUGUAACCGAGUCGAAGGCUGGGGAUACGGUGGGGCACCCUCCAGCGGCCGGCGCCGCCAAUAUGGCUGUCAGCACUGACCCCGCUGCUGUUGUUACUCAGCUCAAGUCGACGAAGGGGGCAAAGACGACCCCAGCGGAGACGAAGAAGGCAGGGGCAGCGAGGAGGGGGUCAUCGGAGACGGUGACGCACACUACUGCUGUAGCAGACGACAAGCAGCGGAAGUCUUCAGCAUCGUUCACCUCCAUCGCGCCUGCCGCCACAAAAGCCAAGACGAUCAAGCCCACCGCGCGUGUUCCUGGGGCUUCGACGACCUCGGAAAAAGCGAACGAGGUGAAGGCAGGCAACGCCUCUUCAGGCAGUAGCGCCGCGGGAGCCGCGGAAACCUUCGCGACAACAACUCCCACCGCGAAAUAUGCCACCAUUCCAACGGCAGAGAGGCCGAAAAAGACGUCAUCACUGCCGCGGCCCCCGCAGCCCCCGGUGCCAGCUGGCGAGUAUGACUCGAGCAGCAAGAGGGACAAAGCUGGUGCGGGUGGGAAGCACCCGGUCCCCUCCGCCGCCAGCUCGGUCGGUGGGACCAGCUCGUUCAGUGGCGCCAGCGCGACAGCUUGUGCUCCGCCCCACCCGCCGGGAGGCAGCUACUACCCGCACCCGCCGUUUUACGAAGCCAAAACGCUGCAGCAGCUGCUGCGAGACCCCUACGAGCAGCACGGCUACGGCUACCGAGUACCGCCACCGCCUCUGCCUUUUGCAGCCCCCCACAGUAGUUCCAACGCCACACCGAGCUACGUAGGCUACUACUACAGCCCCGAUGGAUAUCAGCUGCACGCCGGCUACUGCGGCGGCUUCUACACCAACAUCAAUGGCGCUGGGUACUAUAACACAGACAUGUGCGGCGGCGCAGCAGCCACUGCUGAUGUCGGCAAACAUAUGGGCGGCAGCGGCUACGGCGAUUCACCAUAUGUGUACGUAGCGCAGCCACAGCAACUGCAGGCGCUGCCCCCACUGUGCCAGCAGCGGCAGCACACGGGAACGACGGGGGAGAUUCGUAGUGAAGGCUUGUUCUCCCACGAGCAAUCCUACUCGCUGCCAGCGAAGGAAGAGGGUAACGGCUACGAGGCCAUCCCAACGGCGGCCCCAGGCAGCCGACAGGGAAGUGCGUGUUCCCUGCGGCAUCAUGUGAGCUUUGAGGCAGGCGUUGGCCUGUUGAAGGAGGCCGUGGGAGACAAGGCGGGCCUCAGCUCUCCAAGACGGGAGGCCACGCUUCUGCGCCCCGGAGGGCUCUGCAGUGGCUCUUCCCCUAUUUCUCUCGCGUCCCCUAACGCGCAGUCCCCCAACCACCACCACGCAUCCCCAAUGCCGUCAACGCUGCGACUCCAGGGCUCCGACAUCGGCGAGUUGACGUCGCACGACUUCGAGUACCACCACAACGCGUCUGUGAGCGGCACCGGCUCGCACCUGCACUUUCAGCUGGAUGAAUUCAACUCGCCGGUCACGAACGACAGCAGCAUUGCGAUGUCGAACGGGCAUAACUGGGACCAUACCAGACACGUGAGCAGCCCGUGCCAGACCAGCACCAUAAUCAUGGAGGAUGCGGGGGUGCCGUGGGUCCAGGGUUGCAGUUCUGUAGGCGGAUCGGUGAAUGUGACGGUGCGGGUACGCCAUCACCAUAACCGCACGCACUCCCACGCCGCGAGCUACCUCAGCGAUGCCACCCUGGACUCUCUAAGUACGUACCACCACCAUCAUGACAUGACACAUCACAUGAACCGCAGCACCUCCGUGGCGAGCGGCAGGGGUUUGGGGGGCGGGGGUGCCAGCCUGAACGGAGCGCAGAUGUCACACAGCUGUGCGAGUCUGGAUCACUCGUUGAAUGCGUUACACAGGCUAUCCGGUACCGGGUGCGGCUCUCUUCGUGAAUACAGCAUCGCUGCGGAGGGCGAUCACCGCCACCAAGCCUCAUCCCCUCGCGAACACCACGAGCACGAGAACCGCCAUCAUGAGCCUGGCGUGAUGGCGAGCAGCACGCGAAGCGGUGACACGGCGAGCGCAGCGAGACGGACGGGCAGGCGUACGGGAACAUACCGGUGGGACUGGCGCACGGCAUCUCUAGAUAUGGGAUAUGAAGACUGA